UCACUCUCACACCUUUCCAAUCACCUAUAGAUUCACCUAGACGACUCUCGACUCCUAGAUUCAGCCUCUCUCUCUCUCUUGAUCAGCAUUCGACCCCGCUGCUUUGAGCCAUCAGAAAAUCGCCUAGACGCCUCCUCCUCCUCCUCCUUUGGUCACUCGUUCAACGCGAUAAGGACACUUCCAAUGCGCGCCAUCUCUCUGCUCUCCAUCACCUCGGUACUCGGUCUCGUCCUCGCUCAUGGACCAGGUGGACCUCCUCACGAGCCGGCUCCUCCACCACCACCCCCGCCUCCUCCACCUGCUGGAGGACCCCAAUGUGGUUCAGUGACCUCGACCCAUACAAAGACAAAAUACUCCCAGACUUGGGCACCCGCAGUGACCGAGACCGUCACCAAGCACGACCAUUUCUGUUACGAGAUUCAAACCAUCACUUCCACUGCCACUGAGAAGACCAAAGAAGUCGUUAAGACGACCAUCACCACGACUCCCACCUCGACUGUCUUUGCCUUUGCUCCUCCUUAUUCAGUCACUUACAAAACAACCAUCACUACCUGCGCGCCACCUGCGCCCACGUAUCACAAGAGGAGCUUGGGAGUCGAUGACGAUCUAGAGAUCAGAGACAUUGAUUCACUCACCAAUGCCGAGCGUCUUCGUCGAGGUCUUCCGAUCGCUGGUCCCAAGUUCAAGCGUACCGGAGGACAUGGCGGACCACCGGGACCUCCUGGUCCUCCUGGUCCUCCCGGUCCUCCCCGCCCGAGCUGCACGCCCAAGACCAUCGACACCACUGUCACCAGCACUUGGGUCAAGACCGUAACUCCGACGUCGAAGACCUUCACCACUGAGUGUUACAAGACGAAGACCUUGGAUGUCAUCCGUACCACCACGGUCACCAAGACCAAUGACAAGACAAAGACAGUCACCCAAACAGCCCCGACGACCACUGUCACCGAGACAUUGACUCCAUCGUACACCACAACAAAGACGGUGACCAAGACAAAGGGAACUUGCCCAACUACUGCUUAGUAGCUGGUCUCCUGAAGUGCUGCUCCUUGGCGGUCUCCACCGCACUUGUACAUUCGACCUGUGAUAUAAAUGGACGCUCCGCAGCGCGUUUCGACUUUGGACAUCCAUUUCAUUCGUUCCCAGGAGCCGUAUCCUCUUCAAAGCCGACCCUGGUUCCGUCCCGGCCACUAUAGAGAGGUGUCGGG